AUGUAUCAAGUCAACAUUGAGGGGACCAUUAUUUUGGGAAGUACAUGGUCUGUCUUCCGUGAUGAAGGCGAUGAAGAGGAAGAACCUAUUGGUGUGGCCAAUUUGGAUCACCAUCAAGAAAAUGUUGAUAGAGGGACCAAUGAUAUUGGGGGCCUCGUUACUGAUCUGGGGGACCUCCAAGAGCCACCAGAAGAAGAGAUUGUAUUUGAGCCUGAAACGCCUCAAGUAGCCAAAGUCACUCAAUCUGGGCAAACAUAUGCGCAAGUUGCAAUGUCUGGGCUGAACCCUUCUCAAGUUCCAAAGAAACCACUACAAUGGCCUUCAAGCAGGAGUGGCAGUUCUGCCAAUAAGAACAAGAAUCAGAUUGGGAACAAGAUAAAAGCUGAUUAUGAAGAGCACAAUGCUAUUCUGAUCGCUUGUUGCAUGAUGAAGAUCAAGGCCAAGUUUGAUACUGAAGAAGGUCUGAACUUCAUCCAACAGUACUACAUCAAUCAAGGACUGAAGAAGUUUGGUGAUGAUGGAAAGGAUGUUGUGGAUAAGGAAUUGAGACAAAUGCUUCUGAGAGAUUGUUUCACUCCCAAAUUUGUUAGAGACAUGACCGCGUCUGAGCGAAAGAAGACCCGAUCAGCAAUGAUGUUAUCAGCGGAAAAGCAAUUUGAAAAGACAAUUAAAGGUUGCCUAGUAUACCAAGGCGAUGGAACUCGUGAAUGGUUAUUGCAAGAGGACACUGCAAGUCCAACUGCUUUGCAAGAAGCAAUCACCACUACUUGUGUUAUUGAUGCACACAAAGGUAGAGAUAUAAUGACGAUGGACGUGCCUAACGCUUUCAUUCAAACUUAUAUGCCUGAAGCUAAGGAGGGAGAAGAUCGUAUCUACAUGAAAAUCACUGGCAUGAUGGUCCAGAUAUUGAUUGACAUGGCCCCAGAGUAUCGCAAAUACGUUGUAUUAGAGAACGGAAAGCGGGUAAUCUAUGUGCGGGUACUACGUGCUAUAUAUGGGAUGUUACAAUCAAGCCUCCUAUUCUAUAAUCAGUUUUGA